AUGUUGGGGGAUGGACACGCCGAGGAGGUAGAGGUUGCCGACGACAGCGAAGAUGAAGACGUCAUGACUGUUGCCGAGGAGCUGGUUCUCGAGCCCAGCGUCGUCGAAGACCGCCGUGCCGUGCCGCGAUUCACCGCAGAGUGGAUAGUAGUGGGCUCCGGACCAGCAGACAUCAUGACGAGUGGAACUUUGAAAGAAUCCCGUCUCCCUGUCUUGACUCUGCCAGCACGGUCCCCGCUUCUCGCACACCCUCGCUUCCCCUAG